CAGUUAUUUAGGAGGCUGGAUGUUUAGUGGGCUGUGCAACAUCACAGCAUCCAAACACACACGUGGGAAUUCUCGACAUAAAUAAAGCAGCACUACAUCCCACAAGUCUGUGCAGUGUGUGUGAACGCUGAAGUCACACUGACAAUGAGAGCAGAAGCCCUGCUUAUAGGCCUAAUGUUUCUGAGCUUGAGUCAAGGAGAGCAAACGGACACUAAUAAAAUGAUUUCAUUUAGUCCUGGUGUUCAACUCUUUGUUAAAGGUAUUCACGUCAAGACCGUGGCUCCCAAACUCCAAAUCAUGCUACCGUUUGAACUUUGGAUGGAGACGACCGAUGCCUCCGUACUUAUGUGUAUCAUCACAGGAUUACACACCAGCAUACCAAUCAUCACUUGGAAGAUUAAUAAUUCCACAGUGUUACAAAAACACACCGUCAUUGAUGUGUUUAAGGAGGCUGAUGGCACGUUCACUGCUUUAGGGCUCUUCUACCCCUCACCAGGUUACAAGCUGAAACGUGAUGAUGUUUACAGAUGUGAAGUCGAGCAAAACGGAAUCAUUUACCAUGAAGAAGUUUCUCUGUCUUACUGUGAAUAGACACUGAGAUGUCAUGUGAUGCAUUUUGUACUCUUUGGAUUGUUUGGGACUGUGUGAAGGACCUACUCGGGGUUGCCAGGUCUGCGUUUUCCUGUGGUUACUUUCUAUACCGAUUUAUACAACUCUAAUAGAUGGAUAUUUAAACCACAUACUCAAUAUCUUUAUUUGUGUAUUUAAUAGUUGCAAUAAUAUUCUGUAAAACCAAUUAAAGACCUUGUUUUUAGGAUAUAAUCUUUUAGAAUAAGGCAUAAAAUCUUCUUGUAAAUAUCACAAUAUACACUAACUAUCCUCUUUAAUAAGAAAGAGUGUCAACAGCUUUUCACCCCAGUUUUAUGUCCAGUAUAGCUGUUCUAGACAUUUUGUUUGAUCUGAGAUUCUUUUUUGUUCAUCACGGUUGUAAAGAGUGGUUAUUUGAGAUACCACAGCCUUGCUGGUAGCUUUGACCAGUCUGACUGUUCUCCUCUGACCUUUCUCAUUAACAUGGUGUUUCUGUCUGCAGUGCUGCUGCUCACUGGAUGGAUUUUCUUUCUUUUUGCAUUAUUGUGUUUAUACUCAUCCUCAUACAUGAAAAUCUGUCUGUUUCUAAAAUACUCAAACCAGCCUGUCAGACACCAACAAAGUACAACAUUUUAUUUUCCCUCAUUCCUAUGUUUGCACUAUAACUCUUGACCUGUAAUCCGCAUGAUUUUUUAAGCUGCUGCUAGAUGAUUAACUGCAUGAAUAAACACGUGUAGGUGUUCAUA